AGCUCUGCAAGUGGCAAGUGGCCCACUGGCGACUAUUACCGAUGCCCUCCACACACUUGAGCGUCGGCCUCAUCUCUUCUCCAUCCACUCCAGUAAGAUCCAUCACCCGGCCGGCCGGCGGCGAGGCGAUGGCUAAGCUAACCGGCGGCCACCACCACGGGCUAUAGUCCACGUGAGGUUUCUGGAGCAGCUCCCCUCGCGGCUCACCGUCUCCUCGAGCUGCCGGAGGGCCGGCGACGUCCUUACAUCGGUUCCCUCCAGAUUCGGUCAACGCCGACGUGAAGCUGCUGCUGCUGCUGCCGCCGCUGCCCUCGACUGAGUUCUGAGGGGAGGUGGACCACCAUAAUUCAGAAGAGGCUCCACCAACGCUAGGAGCGGGGAGGAACCGGCAGCCGUGCGACCAUGGAUGCCGUGCAAGGCGUCCUUUCACUCGUGGGGGGCGUGGUCCGAGCGCCGGCGGAUCUGGAGAAAGUGCUGCAGCAACUCGAGACGAUGCAGUUGCCCUCCGCUCGCUUGCUCAUCAACCAAAGCGAGUGGAGCAUGUUCAAGAAUACGGAGCUAGACAAACUUAUCUGGCAGCUCAAGUACGCCACCUACGAUGCUGAGGACCUUCUCCGCGGUUUCAAAGACCAGGCGCAGCGGCGAAAGAUUGAGGACGCAGGCCGGAGCAGGGCAGGUCAACUCUGUUCUUCCACUAUGAGUAAUGUAGCACAUAUUUUCCACGGUAGCAGUGGAAGGGUAAAGGGAGGCUCAAGAUAAGCUAGAAAAGGCUCGGGCUGAGGUUGAGAACGAGCUCACUAAGAGGGGUCUCCAUGUUGUGCCAGUGAAGCUCAUGCCUAUAACAACUGAAAUCAUCACCGCUCCUCAAGUGUUUGGCCGUGAAACAGAACGGGAUCAAGUGAUGGAGGUGCUGGGUGUGACUGCGACCAUUGACCGCAUCGAAGAAUUUGAUCAGGUGAUCACACAAAUGGGCAUGCCACUCACUAUGGGCAGUACAUCUGCAGGUUCAUCUAAAGGAAAGAGCACCCCAAGGCAUCAAAAGAAAAGAAAGAGCACAGCGGCAUCUACAUGCAAAGCAGCCAAGCGACUCGGUAACAGUAGCAGCAGCCCCAAAUUUGUUGAGACUACCAACUUAGCUGGCAAUGUUUCUGUCUUGCCGAUUUUUGGCAUUGGCGGGAUUGGGAAGACCACACUAGCUCAGCUCAUCUACAAUGACGAAAGGGUGAGAGCCCACUUUACUGUGAGGAUAUGGGUCUGUGUUUCUGACCUCUUUGACGAUGAACGAAUGACAAAGGAGAUCGUCAAGACCAUCUCUGAGCCAAACAUUGACUUGUCGUGUGAUAUAGGUGAUCUUCAAGUACAACUGAAGGAGCAGUUGAAGAGCCAAAAGUUCCUUUUGGUACUCGAUGAUAUUUGGCUGAUUUCCCAACAGCAAUGGGAGUAUUUUUAUGCACCGUUGAGGCGUGGCCUUGAAGGUAGCAUGAUCUUAGUGACUACAAGACACCAAAACAUCGCCCAUCUUGUGGCCACCAGCAGUUAUGAGCCUGUCCAACUCAAAGGAUUGCCUGAUGAUAUAUUUUGGGAAUUCUUCAAGGAAUGUGCAUUUGGUAGAAAGCUACCAGAGUCAUAUCCUCGCUUGCAAGAGAUUGGUCGGAAAAUUUGCUUUAAGUUGCGCGGUACUCCUUUGGCUGCCAAAACUCUCGGACGCUUGUUGAAUAGUAAGCUGUUUGAGGACCAUUGGAGCUAUAUCGAGGGCAGUGAAUUAUGGGAGCAACCCCAAAAGGAUGGCGAUAUAUUACCAGCCCUUAGACUGAGCUACUUGUAUCUCCCAAUUGAACUUAGGAGAUGCUUUGCAUUUUGCUCCAUGUUUCCAAAAGAUUAUAGCUUUGAACGACAUGAGAUCGUUGAUAUUUGGGUGGCACAAGGCUUUAUUGCGACAGAGGGGAGGAUGCGUCUUGAAGACGUGGGGGGCAGGUACUUGGAUGAAUUGAAAGGAAGGUGUCUUUUCCAAACUGAUCCGAAGUUCCUUGAUCAGGAUAGGUAUGUAAUGCAUGACUUGAUCCAUGAUACUGCACAACAAGCUUCUAUGCAUGAAUGCUUAUUGAUGACAGAUUUGCGCAAUGAAGUGAUACAUGAGUGGUGCCAUAUGUCAGUCGAGGUGAAUGUUAGCAAAUCCUUGAGCACACUUGGAAACAUUCUACAUUUGAAUAAAUUGCGUUCACUUAGGUUUGAUACCAAAUUGAAGGUUGAGAUGACUUGGUUCAGUCUGCUCUCUAACAUCCUGUUUUUGAGCCUAAGAGAUUGCACACUAGACGGGCUACCUGAAAGCAUAUGUGAGUUGAGUAGCCUCCGUUAUCUUGAUAUAUCCCAUAGCCAUAUAAAAGAAUUGCCAGCGAAAUUCUGGUGCCUUUACAGCCUACAAGUUGUUGAUGCAAGGCAUUCACGUCUGACAACAAUUCAUCAGGAUGUAACCAAGCUAACCAACUUGCGUCAACUAGCACUACCCGUGAAAGCUUCCGUGUCCCUAGCAAAGAUACCUGGGCUGGGAAAUCUGUCUUCCCUUCGGAACUUGAGCUAUUUUACAGUUGUAAGAAAGAAUGGGGUAUUUCAAGAGCUGAAUGGCAUGAAUCAGCUCAGAGGAACGCUAUGUAUCAGAUGUAACCAUACUGUGAGGAGCAACGAGGAGGCUGCUGAGGCUAGACUCGUUGACAAGAAAUACCUCAAGGAAUUGAAUCUAUACUGGCGAAUUAAUCCAGGUAUUUCGAUUUCGAGACCCGGUGAGAAUGAAGUGAUUGAGGGCUUGUGUCCUUAUGAGAGAAUUGAACACCUUAAGGUCCAUCACUUUUGGGGGAAUAGGUUACCAAGUUGGCUUAAUCCGAAAAAUCUGCAAAAUUUAAGAAGCCUGCAGCUUUCAGAUUGUUUGUACUUUGAGACUUUGUCAAAUCCCUACUUUGCUAGUGGUACACAAGGUGAUUCAACGGGUCAGCAUGCAAGCAGCAAUACCCAUUGCAGCAACGGCAUUGCAUUCAUUGCCUUUUCACGUCUCACUUGUGUAAGUCUUGUCAGAUGCACAGGACUGAAGAAUCUCGAUCAGUUCUUAUCCCCGAAGAACCUUCCAUCCCUUGAGUCGAUAUCGCUUGAUAGAUGUUACGAUCUGGAAUCAAUACCUGCCGAAAAGUUUGUGGGAUUUGUUCACCUCCGGGACCUGAAAAUUAAAUUUUGUCCAAGGUUGGUGUGCUCACGGCCAUCAGAGGAAAUAAUGGUUUUACCCCCUUCACUCCGACGGCUCUGUAUUUGGGGAUGUGGUGAGCUCGACAGAUCAUUUCCAUCCUGCCUACAGAAUCUCACCUCUCUCAUUGUACUGUGCUUGAUUGAAUGUGACAACGUCGAGUCGAUCUCGUUGGACUCGAUCACCUGCAUAAACACGCUCAGAUUCCUGGCUCUCAAAUGGUGCAAGGAGUUAUCAUCAAUUGGUGGAUCAGGCGUUCCUUCAUCCGUAGUCUAUAACCACGUAUUCUGGUGUCCUAAGCUAAGCUAUGACACUGGUGGCUCCACGAGGGCGCGAAACGAAGAGAAGGAAAUCAGACAAUGGGCCGGGAUAGCUGAUAUUAUAUGAACUAUAUGGCUGAGUAAAGUAUAUUGUAAUUUUUAAAGGCUAGACCUUGAUUUUAUUUCUUUACUAUCCAUCAAAGUCCAUGCACUUGCGCAGUCCGGUCUCAUUUGUUAA